AAUCAAUAACCAGUUUGGUUUAGAAUCAAAUUCGGUUAAUCAAAAUACCGGUUAUAUACCGUACCAUAACCGAAAACGUAUAAACAACUCAUAUGGUACAAAAGAAGAAACGAUAAUAACAGAAAAAGAAAAAGACCAAACAAGAAAAGAAAAAGAAUGUCAGACGUAGAACAAGAAGAAGAAACAUCAAGUGCUGUUAGAGGUUCGAUAAGUUUCGAUCUUCCCGAGGAAGUCCUUCAAGUCCUACCGUCCGAUCCAUUCGAGCAGCUGGAUGUGGCGCGCAAAAUCACAUCCAUUGCUCUCUCGACACGUGUCUCUGCCCUCGAAUCAGAGUCGUCCGAUCUCCGAGAGCUUCUCGCCGAGAAAGACAAGGAAAUCUCCGAGCUACAAUCACACGUGGAGUCUCUCGACGCUUCUCUCUCCGACGCGUUGCAAAAGCUUUCUCUCGCCGAAGAUGAAAAGGAGAAUCUGGUGAGAGAGAACUCUUCGUUGUCAAGUACUGUCAAGAGACUCCAGAGAGAUGUCUCUAAGCUUGAGGGGUUCAGGAAGACGCUUAUGAUGUCUCUUCAAGACGACGACCAAAAUGCAGGAACAACACAAAUCAUUGCUAAGCCAACACCAAACGAUGAAGAUUCUCCAUUUCAACCUUCAAGACAUUCAUCAAUCCAAUCUCAAGCUUCUGAAGCUGUUGAGCCAGCUCCAGUGGACAACGAAAACGAAGCUCCUAAACCGAGUUUAUCGAACAGUCUUCCAUUAGUAUCUCAGACCGCUACGCCUCGGCUUACACCUCCUGGUUCUCCACCAGCAUUGUCCGCUUCUAGUACCCCUAAAACGACUUCAAGACCUAUCUCCCCUCGUCGCCAUUCUGUAUCCUUCUCUACUACUAGAGGCAUGUUUGAUGAUAAUAGAUCUUCUAUCUCAAUCUCAGAGCCUGGAUCCCACACCGGACGAACUCGGGUUGAUGGGAAAGAGUUCUUCCGACAAGUCAGGAGCCGGUUAUCUUACGAGCAGUUUGGUGCAUUUCUUGGAAAUGUGAAGGAUCUUAAUGCCCACAAGCAAACAAAAGAUGAAACGCUUAGGAAAGCUGAAGAGAUAUUCGGAAGUGACAACAGAGACCUCUAUGUCAUAUUCGAGGGCUUGAUCACUCGCAACGCUCACUGAGAGUUUGCAUUCUUAUGUUUACACGUUAAAGUUAUAUACUCGGAACUAUUCAGACUCAAUUUCUUUGUUUUCUUGGCUGUCAAGUAAGACCAAGUGAACCUACAAUUUGAUUGCAUCACCUGUGCAUGUCGUGUAUCUAUAUCUCUCUCACAUCUUCAAUAAAUUACAUUUUGUCAAACUUUAAAAUCAA